AUGGUUGGUGUUCCGGGCAAGUAUAAGGGGUGCGAGACCUGCCGCAGGCGUCGAGUCAAGUGCAGCAAUGAGCGUCCAUUCUGCCAGAACUGCAUCAGCAGCGGCAGAACUUGCGAGGGCUAUGAGAGAGAACGAGUUUUCAUCACUGGUACGCCCGAGACCAAAGGCCGUGUAGCUUCGCAUCCGAAGAAGACGACACCUUCCAAGAAGCCAAAGGCCAGCCCUAGCCCCAGUGUCAAGGCUUCGGACGAGCCUGGCAGCAGCAGCAGCAGCAUCUUCAGCGGCCCUCAACUCUUUCAACCCCUGGCACCACUUACCUCUGCGUGGGACGACUACGUUCGAUUGACACCCGGGGGCCAGGGGGGAACCGGUUUCCCAGCCCUCAUCACCGCGCUCCAGACGAAUUUGCAAAGCGUGGCGAGACUCGAGGCGGCUGUCGGUGGUGAAGGCGGCGGUGAUGGAUCCGCCGCGGGACUUUUGAGUGCUAUACAGUUUCCUCCCUACGCGGCGGCUGAGUUGCUGCCGGUGGCGGACGAUGCCUUCGGUAUGAAUGCGCAAUGUUUUGUGCGCCAAAAGGCCACUAAUUCUGAGCAUGACUCGACAGAGAGCUAUUGCGCGUUUCUAUUUGAGCACGAUUCGUCCGGCGCAUCAUGGAGGCUCACGGCCGAACAGAUGACCAGACUUGGUCCGCACUAUUUCGCCUCUUUUCCGAAUCACCACUUCUUCGUGAGGGUAUAUCGCCCUGUAGCUAUGAGCAUUGCUCUCCUGAGCAGACGAGAUACCUUUUUGAGAGCACCGGAAUGGACCACGAUACCAUGGGACCAGCAUCCGAAAUCUGCCCUCGACCAGCUGUUUGACAUCAUACUUCAACUUCCCGCUAUCUUCGAGCAGAUGGAUCGAAUCAUCCACCUCCAGGCAACGCUUGCCCGCCGAACACAAGCCCAGGAGCUUUUGCAUCAUUGUCUGGUUGUCGAAGCGCAAUUCCGUCAAUGGCUGCAGGAGGCCUACAGAGGAACGGAAGAGCACCCGUACCCAUUCUGGGCCGAGGAGCUCAGGAGCCCCGGCGGCGCCAUCCCUUUUGCGAACGCAUAUACCUUCAAGGACGGAGUCACUGGCUUGAUGUUCGUCUAUUACUGGAUGGCCAUGAUCCCAUUCCACCGCUGCAUCGAGCAUAUUCACAUGGCCAUUUUCCAGCCGGUUGUUGACGCCUAUCCCAACAUGUGGCCGGAACUGCCGCCCAACCUGCAAAUCGACCCGGCACAUUACCAAGACGGACGAGAGCUGGCCGCCAACAUCUGCAGGGGACUGGAUUCAGCAUUGAAUUCGACCGUCCAGCCGGACUUGCUCCUGGGGCCGAUGACGGUUGCCAUGGACUUUUACCGAGACGUCAACGCCGCGUCACAGGAUGGCGUGCUUGAGAUUCUGUGGCUGGACGGCUUCAAGAAGCGGCUGUGGGCAAAGGCGCAGGCCGUGACGAGUGUUUUGCAAGCCCACAAAUGGUCUGAAGUGGCCAAAUUCUAA